UUGCAUGACAGCCCGGGGGUGGGGAUGUUUUUACACAGAAUAACUUUUUCUUUUCUGAAGGUUUAGGUGUAAAUGCCUAUACCUACUGUAGAAGGAGUCUAUCUUUGUUGUUACACAUGAAGCACGCUGGGAAACUGAGUCAUAUUGCGGAAGAAGGGCCCCGUCUUUGAAGAGCAAACAAUUUCAAUUUGUAAUCUUGCGAAGAGAUCAAGAUCAUGUGCAAAUACUAAAUCAGAAUGCGUCGUCUCUUGGUCUUGUUGAUUCCGGUGGACAAAUGAUGCAAUUGCAAGCGAAAACUCAAUUGAGAGGGCCCGCGUGCAUGAAUUCUCACACUAGCGGCAUUCGUGCAAGGCGUCGUUACCACUACGCGCGCGCUGUGGUGGGAAGCGUUGGAAGCAGUACAGAUAAGGGUCGAGGGCGACCGGGUUCUGCAAAAAGAAGGUUCACGCACCUUUGUGCUGCAGCUGCAAAUUCCUGUCGGCACCGGAUAGCAGCGAUGCUUUCCCGUAUCCGCUCCCAAGCAGGCGAUUCUUGUGUGGUGGAGCCUGCGAUUAUUGGCUCGUUUCGCUGCCGCGCCACUUACUCUGACACCGCGUUGCAAAUACUGCGCAAAGCGUCGCGGUCGACGCUGUUGCGGUUCCUCGUACCGAACUUGUUAGGGAAACUACAGCAGAGAGCCCUACAACGCUGGGAGCUGGGUGCGGAGCCACUGUUGCGGGUCGACGCGAAUACUUCGGUUCCGGAGCUCAUCAAGCUCUCUACUGCACAGCGGGAGCGCGGACGCAGUGUGCGGAACCACUGGCAUGUGCGGGCCGCUCAGCGGAAGUUGCUGCGGGCGUUGCACCAAGCACAAGAGCAGGCUGCGAGCAGUGAGACACUGACAUUCGCUCGGACAGAUUUGAUUGGACUUGAUCAGGCGGCCCCGUAUACGAACGGCUGCCGCCAAGGGCACGAGUGGGAGGAUGUAGAGGAGUACCUCCGAUUGCAUGAAGGCAGUCGCCUUCGACGCAAGAUUGGCGCGUGGAUAUGGAGGGGGCGGUCCCUGUCCCCUUCGCGGCCGCAACUUGUCCGCGGGCUUCUCCGCGAGGUGCUGCGCGCGUACCUUCUCCGGGAAAGUUAUCGACGCUAUCCCGCGGGAGGUUGCAGCCCCCAGCUUCCUGUCUGCCUUGCGAAAGACACGGUGCAGAUGGUGAUGAUAUCUCGUGUACUAUGGACGUCCCCGCCCUUUAAUACUGGCGUUUAUGCAUGUCCAGAGCCUGUCCAGUGCGCCUACCCGUGGGAGGCAUGGUCGAAUGUAUGUUGUUCCUAAUUUUACAUCCUUGCAACUCUAAUUGUAAUUAACCGCCUAGGCAUAGCUCUCCUGUCAGUACGCAGUCGGAUUACCACACUGGGAACCUGCUACCCCCCGGCGCAAGCCGCCGGGGGUGUGUGUCGUGGUGCAGGGGGCGAGUCCAUUCAGUGCCUGCAGCUGUGCACUAGAAGUUCUGAGGGCAAAUGCAGAAGGAAGGGAUCAACGCCGCCCAGUGGGGAGCCAAAGAUAACGCCACUCCUGGGCCGGCUUCCAGAGCGCCAAAAGGUGGCCAGCUUUGUCAACACAUGCUGGCGGAGCCGGGGCGCCAACAAAGCCGCGCGAGGUCGCAUCUUCGGAAGCUUCGCGCGGCUCGCUGGGCACUUGCUUUGUUCAUCUUGCAAUAAAGACCGCGCCCGCGGCUGCCCGCGUGCGUUGCUUGAUGUUGAGGCCGCCCUAGUUGGCCGCCCUCGCUACGGCAUGGCACCGCGCGCCCUCUGGGGCGCGCAGGGCGGCGCGGGAAAUCAUUUGAAGGACGGAUCAAACGCAUGGCGCCCAUGGCCUGCCAGAUGCGCCCUUCGGGUGUGCUCAUGUUCCGGCGAAGCGACAGGCCCGCAACCGCAGCGACGGUCCGGGGGAGCUUGCGGGAGAGGCUCCGGAAGUAGAGUGGAAGGCCAGAAAAGGGCCCCGCUUGAAUGUUUGCGGGAAGAUUCAGGCUCGCCUGUGUGUUACCUUUGUGAAACCUCGUCCCGGCCCCUACCCUGUUAACUUCACCAAGAGCGCGGCAACAAGUGCGCCGUUAACUACUCGCGCCCGCGAGUUGACCCCCGGGCCGGCCGGCCGGACGGUUAGCUUGCGGCUUGAAUGGUUCCCAAUUUCUCAAUCUGCCCAAGCAGCGAGUUUCUCAAUCGGCUCUGUUUUGGGCUGGUUCAGCAGCUGAGAACCAUACAGGCCGCGAGUUAACCGCCCGGCUGGCCGCCGGAGGGUUAACUCGCGGGCGCGAGAUAACUGUCGGCGCGUUUUCUACCUCACUCCUGUGCACUUUGCCCCGUGCGUGUCAAUUUUAUAGGUUACAUUCCAAGUCACGUUAUCAACGUGGAAUCACGCUAGUCGAAUCACGUUUGCAAUAGAAUCAAGCUAAUGGAGUCAAGUUAUAAUAGUCUGGCUUCAGGGUUUGGGGUCUACGGUUUGGGGUUUGUGGUCGUCGGCCAGGGCAGCCGCCGCCGGCCGGCGCCGCCUCUGUUUUCUCCCUGUUGCGCCAACGCGCCCCCUCGCCCUGCCCGCGCUUGUGGUUAUGUUGUUGCCCCAUUGUGGUUCUCGGUGCUCGCUCCCGCCGUGGCUCCUAGGCCGGGCUGGGUGCGUCAUUCGUUCCGGCGGACCGGUGGGGCCGCCCGGCGUUCGUUUAGGUUGUGGACAUUCGGCAAACGCGACCCCAUGGCCAACGUGAUCCCGCUAGCUGGAUUGCAUUGCGAAACGUGACGCCAGAUUUUGCCUAGCGCGAUCGGGGUGGUUUCCAAUUUUAUGAGAGCCGGCUACGCCCCCCCCCCGUGACAGACAACCGCCGGGGGCGGAUCUCUUCGGUUCGGGGGAGAUGUUCCGGUGCCGAUGGCGGCGGCAAUCGCUGCGCAACAAAAAAGGCCCCCCCAGCGGCCUGCGCUGCUCCGGCCCCCCCGCCAUUCAUUUGAUUUGCUAGCUAGCGGCCCCGCCUGACCCAGGGCGCGCAGGCGAGGAAAGCCGCCGCCCCGGCUUCUUUUAAAUAUCCUGCCCAAUCCGUAGAAUAGAAGAAGGCAGCAAAAGCAACGGGGGGCGCGCAAUUUUGCCGUCAUUCUCGACGCGGGGCGGGCGCGCGCGAGCCAGAUGGGCGGGCCCUCAUUCAAUGCGCCCGAGGAACCCGAGCGCCGGAACGGGGCGGCCGCCCACCCACAAGGCCAUGCGUGGACCGCCUUCCGGCUUCCGCCAUGAAAAAGCGCGCGGGCGGGGAAAUUUCCCUGCGGACAGGCCGGGGCCGGCGCGCUCGGGCCAAUGCCGUCGCCGUUCAGACAGGAAGCCAGCCUCCGGCAGAUUCGGGUAGGUAGAAAAAACCGCAGAGAGUUGCAUUAGUUUCAAAGAUGGGCCAGCUGCUGCGUCGACGGACGAUUUUUCCGGGUGGGUGGCGCCUUCUCUUCUCCGUAUAGCCGCAAGGGCGCCCGGGCUCCUUUUUGGGGGCCCCGCCCCAUGUUUUCAUUCCGUGUUUGAGGGCCUGCAACUUUCGCGCGGCCUGUUUUUGCCCCUUUCGGUUCGCCGUUUGCUUGGUGGGCGCCCCCGGCCUUUUUUCCCCGCCAGGGUGGCAGGUUUUGGGAAUGCGUUGGGCCUUUGGUUUUCCAGCCUGGCGGCUGCUUGUGUGCCCCGCGUCGCCUUCGUGUGUUUGGGCCCCCGGGCUUGUGGCUGAAGCACCUACAGCCGAACAGGCGUGCCGGCGGCGGCGGCUUUCGCAGGUUCGCUCAGCCGGCGUGGCGUGCGUGAUGGGCGCUUAUCAGGUUGCGGCCAAAUUCGCUCGGUUGCUUGCCGGCUUUUGUGCGCGUCUUGGGUGUCUUUCUUCUUGGCCGGGCCCGCGAUAGUCAUGCAUCGGGAAGGUGACUCACUGCGAUAGCCAUUGCGAAGAUAGAAGCGCUCUAAGAGGCAGGCUUGGUUGCGAUUCUUUUGGGCCUUCGCACUCGAGAAAAUCUUCGCACUCGAGAAAAGGAGCGCGAGCGUUUCAUAUUUCCAAACUGCGCCACGAAUUGGGGGCAAACACAGCGCAAAGCAUUACGCAGGGCCCACGCAAGGCAGCGCGGUAAAAGCUGGAAGCCUUCGGGGUGCAGCUGGCCUUCUGCGCCGCAAACGGGGGUGGCCGGCGGGGUUUUUUUCCUUGGGGGGUGACGCUUGCGCCCUGGGUGUUUUGGGCGCAACCGAUUGAAGCCCUGUCGCGCCUGGCCUACUUCCCGGCUGGGAAGUGUUUUCUUUUGAUCCUCAGGCGGCGCCCUGCCGGCGCCGCACUCUGUGCUGCCUUCACUUGGCAGGGCCUUCGGGGACCCGUGUUUUCUCCCGCUCAACUGCCUCAGUCUGUCUCCGCUUUAUGGCCUUCCUGGCGCAGAAGGUGGCGACAAGCGGGGCCCGGAGUUCGCCCAGUUCGGCCGAUUCGUGCGGCCGCGCGCGCCCGCUGCUUGUUCUUUCCCGCCCCCCCUCGUACACCAGCGCGCCGCGCCUUAGCGCGCCACCUUUUGCGCCCGCCCCGUUGCGCGUAGUCUCCAGCAGGCGACGGCCGGCCGGGCCCGCUCCGGAACUUUGGUGGUGGGCGCGGGCCGGGAUUAAAAGCACUAAAAACCUUGGAGCUUUUACUUUGGUUGCCGGGCUCAGGCGUCACGCUCUGGAACUUUGACGGCCGAGAUUAAGGGCCAAGCCUUACAACUCUGGCGGCCGAGACUAUGCCAGGGGCGCAAGAAGCUCGGCGCCCGGGAUUAGGGGCAAAACUUUGAGGCGUUGCCUAUCGAGGUGGAGCAGUUUGCCAAUUCGCAAAGCGAAAGCGGUGGCGUGCGAUUGUUGACAAAAAAGCUGGAACGCCGAACAGGCGGCAAAAGGUUUCGAACCCCAGCACUUUGGAAAUUCGCGAAAGUUCUCAAAGUUCGAAAAGUCUGGCAAAAUUUGAGGCGUGGGCCGGUAAUUUUUUUCCCCCGGCAAGUCGCCGAACUGCCCCCGCUCAGCAGGUGGAGCUGUAUGCGAGGGCGCCGGGACCAGAAAAAUAAAAGGGAGGCGGGGAAGUAGGAUAAAGCUAAGAGAAGCGGCCCUCCUUUAAAAAGCGCGCCUGUUAAUAUGUGUGCCAUUUCCAGCAUUCCCCCCCUGCCGGCUUGGGCCCUGCGCCCUGCCCCGUGCCGCGGGCACCCACCCUUGCGUGCAUGCGGGAGGAGUUCAGGAGGGGGGGGCUGUUCUCUUGUUGGCCAGCGUUCCACUCUGCGGGGCUGCGGGCCUCUUCUCGUGGUCCGCCCGCAAUCCGCGGAGCCGAUGCCGCGGACCAUUGAUUGGCGCCUUGGGGCCCGAAAGUGUCAACGCGCGGCAUUUCCGAAACGUGGCCUGGGGCGGCUGCCUCACGCGUUUGGGAUGUUUGAAAACUCCAGCGAAAGGGACCACUCCAACCCGGGCGCCUCCUUCGAUACAAGCGUAGCCUAGCCAGCGGGCUCCUGCGAUGCAGGGGGGCGCGCUAUCAUGAGUGCUGCGCCCCUCCUCGUCCUCUGCUGGUGUUGGGAAAGGACAGGCUGGCGCGCAGCUUGCUGCGUGUCAGGGCGGGCGAGAAACUAAAACGCGGCUCGCGCCUGCGCUUCUCUAUUCUGAAGCGCGAACGGAGCAGCCCGCAGGGAAGAGGUGCCGGGCUGUCCCGCGUUGGCCUUCCCAAGUUUGGAACCAUUGAGGUGGGCACUUCACCAGCUGGCGCGCAGCCUAGCCUAGGCCCUAGGAAGUAUGGACGCCGUUCAUGUGUGCGCCCCUUCGCUGCGGGAAGAUAAGUCGCAACACGGAGACACAUCAGAGAAGCUUAACCCGGGAGCGCAACCGCGGGAACAGUCCGUCGGGACUUCGCCGCCCGUUUGUAGAGUGGCACGGCCUUGCGCCGAUGCAAAGCAAUGGGUUUCAGAAUAGCACGGAGCGCCGCGGGUUUAUCGUGACUGCUGUUCUUUAAGUUACUCCGCUGACUCCCUAGCGCAUUGGUUUCCGGCGCACUCCCUUCUCCCAGCGCCGAAAGCUAAAAGUCCGGAUUAAGCGAUUGCGCUCCUACAUGGCCAUAAGGACAAGUAGAUGCAAACUGGCGAAGCGCCUCAGCCUCUCUAGGUCUUGCUGUUGGUUUUGGUUCUUAUGCGGCUGGGGUGGAGAUAUUUUUCUACGUAGUAGAUGGAAUUCUGCCAGAUCGCCGAAACUCGCCAGGCCUGCGCACUUGCGCACUCUCGAGUGUUGAUACAGAGCGUGCCUCUUUUCCGUGCUUGUAUGUAUUGCAAAAGCAUUGCGCGGCGCGGAAAGUCUCCGUAAGGCAGGGGGCGAAGCAUUUUCCGGGGCCCGCCAGAGGCCGGGGCAUGUCAUGUCUUUGCAGCGGUGAGCGAUGGGGGCGGGCCUCGCGGGCCCUGCGACUGGUGGACCGCUUCGCCACGGCGUGAUUUGUCCAUUUUCAGCGGCCGAGGCCCGGGUUGCGCUAGAAAGAUCACCAGCAAGGGAAAGCCUGCGCGCUGCGGCCAAUGAAGCUCGCGAAAGAAGUUUGUCCGCGUGCCGAGCGGGCGGGCUCGUGGCGUGGACCUUCUCCCGGGCAGGCGGGCCCCGGGACCUGCGCGCGCGAGAGGUGGGCGAUGGGGGGCAGGAAGGUUAGGCGCUUGCGGCGGCGAUUCUCCAGCCGCGCGCUGCGCCCAGCAAGCCACUACACAAUCAAAAACGCAAGCGAAGAAGCUGGCGACGGAUGGUCGAAGGGGGGCACGCUAAGCACGGGCGGCCGCCAUCGCGGGCGCCCGGGAUGGAAUGCACAGGAUGUGCUCCAGGUAGAGCACGGCGCUGCAGGGGCAGUGCGCAGGCUGGGCGCGAUGGGCGCCCCUGCGCAUCCGCGCCGCGGGGGCGGCCGGUGGUCCAGAACGGAGGCCCAUCGUGGCGAUCAUAUGCAGCGAGGGGCAGGUGGGGUAGUGUGACGGCAGAAAUUGCGGCAAGGAGAUGGGCGCAUCGGGCUCCGCCGAUUUGGGGCGUCCAGGAUGAAAGGGGCGCCGAAAAAGUAUUGCCGGGGAGGAAACAGCGAAGCCACGUCCUCGUGGCCUCGCUCCUCGUUUUGGAUUGGUUUGCGUUUGGGCCUCGCAAAAGUCGCCAGCAAAGCCGGCAAACCCCGGCGCGGGCCGACGCCGAAGGCCAAAGGCCGUGCGCAGUUCGUUGCCAAAAAAAAGCAAAAGGGGCCUGAUUUGGGGCGCCCAAGGGGCCUGCCCUGGUGGAGGCCCGGGCGGGGCCACGGCGGGCGGGGGGGGGCUUUCCUUUCUUUGUAAAGGCCGAAAGCUGUCGCGGGGUUUUGCCCGCGAUUUCUAUAUGUGCGCCAGGACACGCGGAAUAUAAAAAGAGGCCGGUACGCUCUGAGGCCUAAAACGCGAAACACGACGGCAGCACGCAGGACGCUUGUCGUUUUCCGGGAAAUUAAAUGCCGGGAAUCACGUAUAUCGCCCGUGAAACAGGUUGCCCGUUCUCCGGGGGAUCCACCCUCGCCCCCGGGGAUCCGCCCUCGCCCGGGGGAUCCACCCUCGCUCCCGGGGAUCCGCCCUCGCCCGGGGGACCCGCCCGUUCCCCGGGGAUCCGCCCUCGCCCCCGGGGACCCGCCCGCAUCCCGGGGAUCCGCCCUCGCCCGGGGGAUCCGCCGUCGCCUCCGGGGAUCCGCCCGCCCCCGGGGGCUCCGCCCAUUCCCCGGGGGAUACGCCCUUUUCCCCGGCGACCCGCCCUCUUCCCCGGGGAUCUGCCCUCAGCCGGGGGACCCGCCCUCGCCCCCGGGGAUCCGCCCGCCCCGGGGAUCCGCCCAUUCCCCGGGGGAUCCGCCCUCUUCCCCGGGGAUCCGCCCUCUUCCCGGGGGUCCGCCCAUUCUCCGGGGGAUCCGCCCUCUUCCCGGGGAUCCGCCCGCUCUCCGGGGGAUCCGCCCUCUUCCCCGGGGAUCCGCCAACUCUCCGGCGAAUCCGCCCUCCUCCCGGGGAUCCGCCGUCUUCCCGGGGGAUCCGCCCUCUUCCCCGGGGAUCCGCCCUCUUCCCGGGGGUCCGCCCUCUUCCCGGGGGGUCUGCCGGCGCCGCGGGGGAUCCGCCCGUUCCCCGAGGGAUCCACCCUCGCCCCCCGGGGAUCCGCCCUCGCCCGGGGGAUCCGCCCUCGCCCCGGGGGAUCCGCCCAUUCUCCGGGGGAUCCGCCCAUUCCUCGGGGGAUCCGCCCGUUCCUCGAGGGAUCCGGCCGCUCCUCGGGGACCCGCCUCCGCUGCUCGGGAGGAGGCCGGCUCUUCGGGGGGGGGGGCCCGCCCGCUCCGCGGGGGGAGGGGGCCCUCCGCGCGCCGACGGCUCCAUCGGUGCCCCGGGGGAUCCAACCUACUCUGGGGGGUGCUCCUUAGCUCGGGGGAUCCGUCCUCGCCCCGGGGCGUUCGACCCGGGCCCCGGGGAUCUCACCUGGCCCCAAGGGGUCCGAUAUUCGUCCUUGCCCCUCGGACUCAGCCGGCGCCACGGGGUUUCAUUCCCUCCCCAACGGACAUCCGGCCAGCCUCGGGUCGGUGGAUCCGCCCUUGCGCCAGAGGCUCGGCCCUUCGGUUCGCGGACCCUGCCCGUGUGGCCUUGGUGGUGGGCGCCGGCCGGCAAACCGGCGCACAUUUAUUGUGUCGCCGGCAACUGCAUGGGCCGGGGCCGUGGCUUUUGCGUUGCUUGUCAAAAUGGUCCCGGUUUUGGUUGUCAAGUUGUCCUGCUGGUUGUCAGAGCGCUGCUGGGACAACCAGCAGCAGAAACAAGAGGCGUUCGCACAGCAACGCGGUGUCUUGAUCUGGCAACCAAAGCGUGCGCAAGCGCUCGCGAGAGCGCUCUGCGAGAUGCCCAUCCAUCGCAAACGCGGCGCGAAGGCUUUGCCGUUACCAUAUGGGAGGAUGGAACUCGGGGGUAUGCAAUCGCUGGCAAAUCUGGGCAGUGCUAAGUGUGUUUUGCCUUCAGAAAGCGGAUCGGGGGAAAGUUGUGGGAAUUUCAUCGAAAGCAGCCAAAACAGCAAUUAUCAAGUGGGAAAAGGGUAAAAAAGAGCACUUUUGCAGCUCCGCCCGGUCUGAAUCUGAAAAAAGAGAGUGGUAUUGUCGGCUAGGGCCGAUGGUGUGAUGCGUUUUCUAGCGAGAAAUGCGUCGCGUGCAGGCAGCUCCAGCCGCUUGGAAAUUGAAAAAAAAUGCUUAAAAAGUGCUAUGUUUUGCAGCAUACAAGCGGCAGACAAAAUUUACCGAUUUUCUGCAGUCCCCGGAAAGCGCUUGGAGAUUGAAAGUGACAACUUUUGCUGAAAAAGCGAGAGCCGCUUGAAAAUUGCCGCUCUACAGUGGUUUUUCAAAUUGUCACACGGCCCACACCGUCGAGAUUGGACGAAGAAAAACAGCUACUAAGCCUGCGGAGGUGUGUCACACGGGCACGGUUUUCAUCCUCUCUGAGGGUCGCGAGAUGAGAUCUCCUCCCGCUUGAAAAUGCCCGAUCUGGGUGGCCCAAAAGGGCAGCCGGAAAUGAAGAAAAUUGCAUCACUUUUUGAAGUUUGUGCAUUUUACCUGGCCAGCGUAUCCGGAAGCCCCCGAUGACCCACAUACCCUCCUGGCCAGGCGGCCAGUUUGUCAUGCAGGAGGCUAGAAAGGAUGCCCCGCGGCGAAAUAGCAGACCGGAUUUCGCCUUCAAUGCUUAUCGCAGGAGCCUGCGGGCCUCCGCGGGCGACAGUAGUCGUCCGCGGCCCAAUCUAGAAAUUAAACAGAAAUGGCGCUUCUUCUCGUUUGCGGCGAUGUUAGAAGAAGGUUGGUGGGCCUUCGCGCUGGUUAGAUUUUCGCGCAAGCAUUUGGUUACCAAUAUCGCCCUCCGGGCGCGACCUUAAUAGCCGAGAGAAUGCGCGCCGGUUUGCCGAGAUGCCCUGCACUCGAGUACGUUCCAAAAGGCGCGCCGGUUUGCCGCGAUGCUUGCCCUUGGUGCGGCAUCCGAGGGCUUCGGAGGUCUUCGGCGGCCCCUCUGGAGCGCCCUCCUGCCAAAUCGGGGCCGUGCCAUCGGGGGAAGGCCUUCCGAGGCGGCCCAAAUUGGGCCAGAGGACUCGCCAGAGGAUUUUGGAGUCCUCUGAUGAGUCCGCUGGGAAGUCCGCAGCCCAAAUCGGGGCCGUGUCUUCGGGGAGAGCAAGGUCGCCCGUGGCGGUCCAAAUUGGGCCAGAGGACUUGGCAGCGGAUUUUGGAGUCUUCUGAAGAGUCCCCUGGAUGGAAAGUCCUCCGCUCAAAUCGGGGCCGUACCAUCGAGGAAAGGGCGCCCGAGGCGGUCCAAAUUGGGCCAGCGGACUCUUCAGAGGAUUUUGGAGGCCUCUGACGAGUCCGCUGCCUUGAAAGUCCUCCGCUUAAGUCGGGGCCCUGCCAUCGGGGAAAGGCCGCCCGAGGCGGUCCAAAUUGGGCCAGAGGACUCGCCAGAGGAUUUUGGGGCCCCCUGGCGAUUCCUCUGGAAAGUCCUGCGCUCAAAUCGGGGCCGUACCAUCGGGGAAAGGCCAGCCGAGGCGGUCCGAAUUGGGCCAGCGGACUCGCCCGAGGAUUUUGGAGUCCUGUGGCGAGUCCUCUGGAAGGUCCUCCGCUCAAAUCGGGGCCGUACCAUCGGGGAAAGGUCAUCCGAGGCGGUCCAGAUUGGGCCAGCGGACUCGUCAGAGGAUUUUGGAAUCCUCUGGCGGGUCCUCUUGGAAAUCCUCCGCGCAAAUCGGGGCCGUGCCAUUUGGGGAAGGUCGUCCGGGGCGGUCCAAAUUGGGACAGGGGACUCGUCGGAGGAUUUUGGAGUCCUCCGCCCAAAUCGGGGCCGUGCCAUCGUGGAAAGGCCGCGCGUUCGAGGCGGUCCAAAUUGGGCCUGAGGACUUCCGCGGGAAAUGUGCGCCGGUUUGCCGCGCCUCCAAAUGAAUCCGGCGGCAAACGGCGCGGGGCUCUGCCACUUCGGUCGUUUUUGUGUUGUUUUGAAACGCUUCGCCAAAGCGAACGCAACCACGUGUGGACUGCGUCGCCCCAAGAGGCAAAUCGCGUGACAUUUACGAGGCCAACCACGACGGGAGUACUCUCCGGCGGCCGCGCUGGUUUCUGAGGCUACACGAGCGGGGGCGGUUGGUUUUUAGGUCCCACCGCGUGCCAUUCUCGAUAAAAGAGUGCUAGGCGUGGCGGCAUGUUGGCGCACAACAAAACGGCAGCCCUCGGGGCCCGGCGGCCGCAAUGCGUCGGGCGCCUUGACAAGCGAAACCGCUUUGACGUCGCUGUAGUACUGGCAUUGCUUUUUGCUUGGUAGCCUAGAAAAGGCAAAAGGGACGAACUAGCUGCCCCUAUCUGCUAUGCCAUGGGGAAUCACACAUAGGAAAAGCAUUUUAGAGUCCGGAUGGCAAUCUGUAUGAGCGCGAUACUUUUGCACCCAGUAGCUCGGCAAAAUGUGGUCUACACGUUGCAAAAGCACGUGCAGCGUGCCGGAGCUCGCAGCCUUGUGGAGCUGCAGUGUCAGGGGUACUGCCUGUACGAGCGUGACCUGCGUCGCAAAACUGUUGAGGUGCUGGAUUUCUUGCGGCAGCACUUUAUACCCUGGUGGAACCGCCGUUGCCGGGACUUCUCUCUUUCCCAUGAGAUGGACCGUGCCAUUUGUACGAUAGGACCGGCACCGCCGCCGGCAGCAAGAGCAAGAUCUACACACAGAAAGUCGACAUCUUCGUACGAUACCCCACCUGGUGCCCAGGAGAUCGACGAACUUUCUGCGAACUACCGGUAUUUUGCAGCACGCAUUGACGUUUCACAGAGCGUACGCGCAGACCAUUCCGUUUUGUAUUUUGAUGCGAGAUUAGAGGAGCUCAUGGCGGUGCUGGCGCAGCGGUUUCAAUUGGAGUUCACGCUCGACGCGGCGCAGUCGAACGACGGAAAGUUCGUGUAUCAUGUUCGCAGUGCAUUGGGAUCAUUACAACCUCCACCUCCACGGCUGGAACCGGGCCAAGUACGAGCGCGCACUAUUCUUGUGUCUCGGGAUGAGCUGCAGCAACCUGCGCACACUACUGCGACUCACCCUGUGCUUCAAGCACUAGUGCAAGCGGAGGGCGUGUACGAUGUCACAGAGCCUUGCACUCGCGAAGCAGAAGCACGGGAGGACGCCCAACAAGUGAGCGAUGCAGCGAAGCGGCGUGGACCCGUUGUACGGCCGAGAACGAUAUCGGGUAAAGUCGAGCUGUGUGCUAUGGACGCAGGGGGUCCAAGCUGGGGAGGCCUCGGGAUGCCGCACGCACAGACCGUGGCGCCCGGCCACGUGGUGGUGCGAAAUCUGCCGUUUCUCGUCACGGAAGAUCCCGACGGCAACGAGAAGGUGUGCGCCUUGUCGGUGCGCAACUGCGGCACGCUGCUGCAUGAACUCGGUCACGCGAUCCACUUUUUAGCUACGCCGCUGCCGGAGAUCCUGGCCUUGGAGCACGAUAUUGCUGAGUUCCCCUCCACCAUGAUGCAGUUUGUCUUCGAGGAGCCUACUUUUCUCAGAAGCAUCGCACUCAGUGCCCGAUCGCGCCGCAAAGGACUGAAUCCAGAAAGCCUGUCGCACGCAUUCGGCACCGAAUGGGACAAUACACACGUGAGCCAUGCUGCCGCCCCCAAAAAUUAUGCUCAAGAAAUGGCAGUUGAAAUAAAUCCGCGCCUUGUUUUCUUUUUUCCUGCAGUAGCCUGUAAGCUGCGGGCGGCCGCCGUGGAUAGUGGUGCCACAUGGCCAAUCCGGCAUCCCUCGCGAGAAGCUCCGCCCCUGCUGCCCCGAGGAAGUGCAGCGGCUCAGCAGAUAGCCACCUGGCCUGGUCGCUGCUGUAGCCCACGUAGGCCCGGCCGCAGUCGCCAUUAGGGAAAAAUUCUAUGCGCCCCUAACGCGAACCGGCACACCCACAAGGCACAGCUUCGAGCUUUUUGCGCAAGUAUGCAACAGCAAAAAACCCGGCAAAUUGCGAAGCCCACGGCAAAUAGAUCCUGCUCCGGCGAAGGGCGAAAAAAUUCUUGUGGCGUUGAGGUUUGAUUUUAGUAGCGUCGCAGAGCAUUCUACAUCUACGCGCAGAGCCGGCGCCCGUGGUCGCGGGGGGAAGCCGGGCCCGCACCGUGCGGUUUCGCACACAGAGUGAUGCGCUUGUGGCGCCGCCCAACCCCGGCUGUUUGCGCAGCAUUUUGGCGGCAUUAGAACGGCAUUCGCGCGCCAUCUAGAGAAGAUAUCGAAAGCAGCAGGCGGGGAAAAGCGUGAUCCUCCUUAUUGAUUUGCAGCAGAGCGUGGCUUACCUUUCAAGAUCGCGAUGCCCAAGUUGAGUUCUUUGCAGCCUGCAUGGCGAAGGCUUUGCAUGCGAUCGGCAAAGGGCGGAGCUUGCGGCGCCGAUAAAUUGUUAGCGUCGUCGUGUUCGCGGCGCGCCGGCGGCAGUUUCCGCCUAACCUAUCAACACCCGGCGCACUUCCAGAAGCCGGCGGCGGCCGGGGUUUCUCUAAUUAUCUGCCUCGCAGGCUCGGCGGGGUUGUGGCUUAAGGAAGUUCAUCGGCUUCGCGAGAAGUUGCGUCAGCAUAUGAGCGGGCUGGUCAGCCUCAGCUGGCGACAGCCUGCUUUUCCUUGUUGUUUUCUGUCGCCGUCUCCGAUUGCGUCGCAAAUGCGGCACUGCUUGGGCCGUAGUCCGUGUCCAAAUAAGCGAUAGACUACGGGGGCGGGGGCAUAGUUCACCAGUGUAGCCAGGACUUUUUACAACUACCGCAUUUGGCGCGACGCGUACGUCUUCAACGAGAUAUUCGCCACUACAAGGGGCGUGCAUCAGCACGCACAUAGCGAGUCGGAGUUGCGGGGUUUUAUCAACGGCAUUCUGCUAAAAGCGACAAGCCUGUCCUCGUCGAACGACGGAAGAAGUAGUGCGAAACUUGCCGGGAUGAAUCACAAGCACAAUCACCGAGGGCGCGCCGUUGGGGUGUCAGAGAUGGAUAGCUCGAAGCCAAAUGCGAGCGGCAAGAUGUUCGAGCGAUCUGGUUCCACAAGCGGAUUGCACCCACUUCUAUUCCCCGAGGUGGUGGAGAUGUUCUGCGACUCUUCUUACUAUUCCCGGUUGGCCUACAUAUUUCCAAGCGUCCGCGCCCGGCAGCAACUCGCGGGCUCUCGCCAAGAGCUCCAGCACGUGUUCACACGCAACUACUUCGAAUACGGUACACCGCACCACUGGUGCCCAACCAAACGGGAGUUUUUGCAGCACUUUUGCCCGAGCGACGCAAUAAAUCGAGAAAAAGCACUACAAUCGACAUUCUUUAGAAGGACCGCGAAACCGAAAGAGCUCUACGUGCCUGAGAAAGAUGUCAACCGUCAUGAGUUCAAAUUCGGCUGCCGCAGCUCUGUCGCAGAGGCAGGACACUCAGAGAAACCCGCACGAGCUGAAAGUCAUCGACUCGGGUACGAGGGUUGGGAAAGAAGAAGACGCUGA